AUGCCGGGAGUCGACGUGACAGCUGACAUAGAAACACUCCAUUUGCCCCGAAUACUCUGUCUCCAUGGCGGUGGUUCAAAUGCGAGAGUAUUCUAUACCCAGUGUCGUGUUAUGAGGGCUCACCUCAAGUCCACGUUCAGGCUAUGCUUCGUUGAUGCGCCAUUCUCCAGCCCUGCAGGACCAGGCAUCGAGUCAGUAUACGAAGACUAUGCGCCAUUCUACUGCUGGCAUAACUGGAAACCUGGUAUCACAGAGGACUUUGGCGGACAGACAUUGAGCUAUGUGGAAAAGAUUCUUCGAGAAGCCAUGGCCGAGGACGAUGCCAAAGGAGCAACCGGUAAAUGGGUCGGCAUAUUGGGGUUUAGUCAGGGCGCAAAGACGAGUGCGAGCAUUCUGAUGAAGCAGCAAGUCCAGACGGAGUUAAACAUACGGGAUGAGAAUUCAUUCGACUUCAAAUUCGGCGUUAUAAUGAAUGGACGGGGCCCCCUACUAGAACUGGGUCUGGACUAUGGAAGCGACAGCAGUGUCCCUGGCAGCUCGGCUUCUUCAACUACUGAACAAUCAGAAGAUAUCAAGUCUGCUAGUGGACUCCUACACAUACCCACAAUACACGUCCAUGGGCGGCGAGACCCAGGCCUUUAUCUUCAUCGACACCUGCGCGAUUCGUCCUUUGUGAAGAGUACUACUCGUCUCGUGGAAUGGGAUGGCGACCACCGAUUACCCAUUAAAUUCAAUGAUGUCGACGCUCUUGUAUCGCAGAUCCACGCGGUAGCUAAGGAGACUGGUGCUCUUUGA